CUUUCUCUCUCCUCUUUCUCUCUCUUCACUAUCUGUCAUCACACACAAUGCACACUCAAUUACCGUGUUUUGACUUUCCAAUUUUGAAUCUCUUUCUCUCUCACACACCACACACACACAUAUAUACAUAUAUAUAUAUAUAAAGAAAUAAUCCCCAACAUCUUCAAACCAAAUCAACAACUACAAUCCUCGCUCAACACCUUAAUUAAUUCACCUUCUUCUUCUUCUUCAUCAAAUAAUUGAUCUGUGUAUCAAUGGCUGAAAUCGAGGUUCCCCAUUACUUCAUCUGCCCUAUUUCUCUGGAGAUAAUGAAGGAUCCUGUAACAGUAUCCACCGGCAUAACUUACGACAGGGAAAGCAUCGAGAAAUGGAUAUUCUCUCAGAAUAAUCAAACCUGCCCCGUCACCAAGCAGCUUCUCGUCUCCUCCGACGCCGCCGCCGCGGCGGCGGACCUCACCCCGAACAUCACUGUCCGCCGCCUCAUCCAAUCAUGGUGCACACUCCACGCCGUCGAGCGCCUCCCCACCCCCAAACCUCCGGCCACCAAACCUCAGAUCCUGAAGCUCCUCCGCGACGCCGCCAAGUCGCCGCCGCAGGCGCAGAUCAAGUGCUUGCAGAAGCUCCGGUCCAUCGCCGCCCAGAACGAAACCAACAAGAGGUGCAUGGAAACCGCCGGCGCCGCCGAGUUCCUGGCCGCGUUCGUCGUCGGAAAAAGUAACCUUCAGUCAGGACUGGAAGAAGAUCUGAAAGCCUGCGACGAAGCGAUGGCCGUUCUCCACGGCCUCCGGCUAACGGAAUCCGGCCUGAAAACCCUCUCACUCAACGGCGAAUUCGUCGGAUCCCUAACUCCGUUAAUGCAACGCGGCAGCGACGAAUCACGCGCCUACUCAAUCAUGCUGCUGCAACAAAUAGUGGAAGUGGCGGAACCAUCUCACCUCAUAAACCUACGCCCCGAUUUCUUCGUCGAAACCACCCAGAUCUUAAAGGACCAAAUCUGCGAGAAGGCCUCAAAAUCAGCGCUCAAAGUACUAAUCAACGUCUGCGCGUGGGGGAGAAACAGAAUCAAAGCGGUGGAAGCCGGAUUAGUCGCCGUAAUAAUCGACCUACUACUCGAUCUGCCGUCGUCGUCGUCGGAGAAAAAAUCGGCGUGCGAGAUGAUGCUGACGGCGCUGGAUCUGGUGUGCCAGUGCGCGGAGGGGAGGGCGGAGGUGGUGAACCACGCCGCCGGAUUGGCCGUCGUGUCGAAGAAGAUACUUAGGGUUUCGCCGCUCGCGAGCGAAAGGGGGGUGAGGAUUCUGUACUCGAUUAGCAGGUUUUCGGCCGGGGGUAAUAAUGGAAUUUUACAGGAGAUGCUGCAGAUUGGUGUAGUGGCGAAGCUGUGCUUGAUAAUGCAGGUGGAUUGUGGGGUGAGGACGAAGGAGAGAGCUAGAGAAAUGCUGAAAUUGCAUUCCAGGGCCUGGAGGAAUUCUCCAUGCUUGCCUAGGAAUUUGCUUUCUUCUUACCCAUCUUGAAAUGGAAUUAAUUCAAAUAAUUUUUUUUUUUCUUAGAAUAAUUAGGAAACGGGGCAAAAAAAAAUGCCCAAAUAGUUAACACACACCAAAAAUUUAAAUAUACUGUUGUUGAUACUUCCAGAUUUUUCCAGGAAUCUGAAUUUUGAAUACAAAAAAAAUUGAUACUCAUAUUAAUUACAACUUGUUCUAUUGUGUUGUUCG